GCGGUUAAGGUGGGAGGCUGGUUUGGAGUUAGGUGGCUCGUUUGAUAGUCGCCAUUUUGUGACAUUUCUACGCAUUUCUACGCGAUCUACGUGUAUCGUGUGAUAAACGAACGUGUGCGUUGUACCAGCUGGUCGUGCUGAUUCUUUCAACAACAACUCUUGCAAGGUAAAAAAUGUCGCGCUACCGUGAGUGGGAUCUAUCCUGCAAGGUUUAUGUUGGUAAUCUGGGUAGUAGCGCUAGCAAACAUGAAAUAGAGGGUAAGUUUAGUAAGUAUGGUCCACUGAGAAAUGUGUGGGUAGCCAGAAAUCCACCUGGUUUCGCAUUUGUGGAAUUUGAAGACCCACGAGAUGCUGAAGACGCAGUGAGAGGACUAGAUGGAAUACACUUGUGUGGCACCAGAGUGCGAGUAGAAAUGUCGUCUGGAAGAAGUCGACGAGGCGGUGGUGGGCGCAGACCUGGUCCUAGAUAUUCCAGGUCUAGAUUCUGCAGUCCUUGUAAGAAAUCCUUGGAUCAUUACCAGAGGUCUUGGUCGAGAAGCCCACGAAGAUCGCCGAUUAAUCGCUACUCCAGGUCGAGGUCUCGCAGUCCCCGCAGGAGAUCAUUGACUCGGAGCCGCAGCCGCGAUCGCCGUUCACGUUCGGACUCCCGCGACAGACGGUAUUAAUAUAUUAAUCCUGCUAAUUAAAAAAAAAGAAAAAUUAUUCCUUCCAAUAAACAAAAAACAUAAAGGGAAACAAAACAAGAGAACCAGAAAAAAUUAAUGCAACAGUAAAGAAACAUUUCAACGCUCGAACACGCCUCUGAGGGGACGAGGGCUUUUGUGUGAAAUUGACGUGAUUGGAUAUGUGGAUAAAAAAAUAUCCUGUCAUUGUGUGACAUGGCAAGAAUUCCGCAUUCGUGUGAUCAAAAUUUAUCGCAGACAGCAAUGUCCUUUCUUGCGAUAAGAGCGAAAAGAGCAAAAAAAGACACGAAAAAGUUUACCAAGAUUCUUUUUUUUCUAAGCUUUGUAUUUUUUAUCUAAUUACAGUUAGAUCCUAAAAGUUCGGGAGAAAGAGAGAGAGAGAGAAAAAGAGAAAGAAAAAACGGAUCAACUGGACGGAAGACAGAAAUAAAGAUGAAAAAUAGAGCGAGAGACAAUGCCGUAAAAAUUAAUUGUUAACCACACAUACAUGUAUACACGCGCGCUCGCGUUUGGAACUAUGAAUGAUUAUGAUAAAAAUGUGACAAAAAAAAAUAGCGGAAGCUAUCGAAUGAAUUUUGUGAAUAACGCGAGUUUAGUAUAUAAGUCGUAUUCUCCUCGUAAGUUUACUACUAUAUAACGUGUAAACACAUAUACACUCAGCCAAAUUAUACUGUUGCACAUACAUACAAUUACAUAUAUUAUAUCACGAACAAUUACGUACGUCAAAUUGAUCGUUUGAUUAUGUCUGAUUAUGCUAUGUACAAAAUAAAUUCGAUCAUUACUUUUUUUGUAAGGUUCUUAAUUGUUAUUAAUGAUUAUUGAUUAUCUGAGGAAAAUGCGAGAAGAAAGCGAAAAUUUAGUUAUAUUUGAAUUAUUUUGUAUUUAGUUUUCGGAAUUUAAGAUACGACACGAAUAAAUUUGUAGAUACUAAUAAAAAAAUAAAAUCGCAAUGCUAGUA